CCGAAUCCUCCAGUUCAUUCACGAGACCAACAAAGAAAAGUAGGAAAACCUUCCUGCAGUGUCUCUCUUCCCUCUCAUCUAGUGCAUUAACCUGCUUCGACUCUCCUCUCUCUCUCUAAACAGCCUUGAAGGGAAUAUUGGAAAUGGGUAUGGUAGUGGUGAUCUCUUUGCCUUUGAUAAUCUUCUGCUUACUUCUUGGUUUUGGAUGCUACUACUUGGGGAGAUACAAAGGAAGACAAGAUGUCCGUACAAAUGCUCAAGUUUUUGGGGUACCUAUUCCACCACCUGGUACUGCUAGUAAACCACCUCCUCCACCUCAUUCCAAGCCAGGAAACUUGGAGAAUGUUUAGAUUUUUUUUCUUUCCCUUUAUUGCUUUACUUUGCACUUUCUUAUAUGGGGUGUAGAGAGUGAUUUUUUAUGCUGUUGAGAUGUGUGGUGUGGUUGUUGAGCAUUAUUUGUCUAUGAAUUUUGAGGUAUUGAAUUGAGCUGUAAUAUAUGGGUUGGCGAUUGUAUAUUGGUUGUCAUAUGAAUGAAAUUGAUAAAGAUUUGUAUUUUUA